AUGCCUAAGAACAGCAAGGUGACGCAGCGCGAGCAAAGCCAUGAGCACGUUACAGAGUCAGUGGCUGACUUGCUUGCAAACGAGGAGCCACUUGACUACAAGAACAGCUCCCUGAAUGUUGGAGGGGCAGCUGGGAAAAAAGCCCCCCAGAUAGAGGUGCCUGAAAAUGAUGGACGUCCUGCAUGGAACAGCAAACUGCAGUACAUCCUGGCCCAGGUGGGCUUCUCUGUGGGCCUGGGGAACGUGUGGCGCUUCCCUUACCUGUGCCAAAAGAAUGGAGGAGGUGCUUAUCUGGUUCCCUACGCUAUACUCCUCCUCAUCAUUGGCAUCCCACUCUUCUUCCUGGAGCUGGCGGUGGGUCAGAAGAUCCGGCGUGGAAGCAUUGGGGUGUGGAACUACGUCUGUCCCCAUCUGGGUGGGAUAGGGGCGUCUAGCCUGAUGGUGUGUGGCUUUGUGGGGCUCUACUAUAAUGUGAUUAUUGGCUGGAGCAUCUUCUACUUCGUCCAGUCCUUCCAGUUUCCUCUGCCAUGGAGUGAAUGCCCUAUCAGAAGGAAUGGGACAUUUGCCAUUGUGGAACCGGAGUGUGACAAAAGCUCAGCUACGACCUAUUUCUGGUACCGUCAGACUCUUAACACUACCAGUACCAUUGCAGAGAGUGGUGGCCUCAACAUCAAAAUGACCCUGUCUCUGCUGGUGGCCUGGAUCAUCGUCUGUCUUGCCGUCAUUAAAGGAAUCGCCUCCUCGGGGAAGGUGAUGUACUUCAGCUCUCUUUUCCCAUAUGUGGUGCUGUUUUGUUUCCUGGUCAGGGGUUUAAUGCUGAAGGGAUCGGUGGAUGGCAUCGCUCACAUGUUCACUCCCAAGCUGGAAAAGAUGCUGGAGCCCCAGGUGUGGAGAGAGGCCGCCACCCAGGUCUUUUUUGCUCUGGGUCUGGGAUUUGGAGGAGUCAUAGCCUUCUCCAGUUACAAUAAGAUAGACAACAACUGUCACUUUGACGCUGUGCUUGUUUCCUUUAUCAACUUCUUCACCUCCAUUCUGGCCACACUAGUGGUAUUCGCCGUGCUUGGCUUCAAGGCCAACAUCAUGAAUGAAAAGUGUGUCGUAGAUAAUGCUGAGAAGAUCCUGGGAUACCUCAACUCAAACGUCCUGAGUCACGACCUCAUCCCUCCACAUGUGAACUUCUCCCACCUCACCACAUCAGACUACGCUGAGAUGUACGGUGUCAUCAAGACAGUGAAAGAGGGCAGCUUCUCCCAACUGGAUCUGGAUCCUUGUGUCCUGGAGGAUGAGCUCAACAAGAUGAGUGCUGUACAAGGCACCGGUCUGGCCUUUAUCGCUUUUACAGAAGCCAUGACUCAUUUCCCAGCAUCUCCCUUCUGGUCAGUCAUGUUCUUCUUCAUGCUCAUCAAUCUCGGUCUGGGCAGCAUGAUCGGCACCAUGACUGGCAUCACCACACCAGUCCUCGACACUUACAAAGUCAACAGGGAGAUUUUCACAGUGUGUUGCUGCAUUGUGGCCUUCCUGUGUGGCCUGUUGUUUGUUCAACGCUCAGGGAAUUACUUUGUCACCAUGUUUGAUGAUUAUUCUGCUGGGCUGCCUCUCACUGUAGUGGUCAUCCUGGAAAAUGUAUCAGUCGCUUGGAUAUACGGCACUAAAAGAUUCAUGCAGGAUCUGGAAGACAUGUUGGGUUUCCGACCAAGUAUGAUCUAUUUCUACCUGUGGAAGUACGUGUCCCCCAUCUGUCUCAUCGUGCUCAUCUCAGCCUCUGUCAUAGAGAUGGCCAUCAGCCCACCGGGAUACAACGCCUGGGUCGAAGAGCUGGCUCAGGAACGCUUCCAAAGUUACCCCCCUUGGGCUUUGGCGAUGUGUUUUGCUCUCAUCAUAGUAGCCAUGCUUCCUCUCCCACUCGUUUUCAUCGCCCGUCACUUCAACCUGAUAUCAGACGGCUCCAACAAGCUCUCUGUCUCCUAUCGUAAAACCAUGAUGAAGGAUAUGUCCAACCUGGAGGAGCAGGACGAGGCCAAGUUCAUCCUUGGCGCCAAGCCUGGGGACACAUCUGUGCCAAGCAGAGCCUACCUGACUCCUGCAGGGAACAAAGCCCUAGACCCCAACUCCCUGUCUCCAAACAGCUGCUACGGUACGAGCUAUCAGAACGCUGCCAUCAGCCCCACAACGCCAACCACCCCUGUCACACCAGAGUCUGACUCUUAA